AUAGGAAUUGUAAGCAUCGCGAGACAAUCUUUUCGGACCGGACUAACGGACACGGAACCAGAACCGAGCAAGCGGUCGUUCCACAGCCAACUCGAUCUCGAUCAACGUCCUACCAUCACCGUACAAACCAAACAACUUGCCUCUUCGCCUGUUUCUCCAUACCGUCGUCCUUCGUAACAACGAAAACAGUCAAACCCGACAAUAUGGUGGCUGCCAAAUCUCGUCAAGACGAUGAGCUCACGGAGUUGCUCACAAAGCUCUACACCAUCCAGGAGGAGAUUGGGGCCAAGCCCAAAAGCUCGGAAGAUGAAAAGAGGGCCAAAGCCGAGAACGUUGCCGUCAUGGGACAAGGCAAAAAAGCGCAAGCCAAGGGAUCUAAAUUUUUAGAUCUCAAGAGUACCAUCCUUGAUCGGCUCAAGACAAUUCACGGGCUACUCAAGGCAACCAAGGAAAAGGAGCAGGCUGGCUUUGGAGGUGACAACGCCAAGGAUAUUAUUAAAAUGCAAGCCAACGUCCGGGAGCACUUGCGUCAAGCCACGGACGAAUGGAAAGAAAUGGACGAAAUUUACAAGAAGGAAGCCCGCAAAAAGAAAUCUAAAUUCACUCCGGAAGAACUCGAGGUACAGUCGGAACUUGUCCGGCGGUUGUACGCGGAGAUUGAUAAGGUGAAAGAAGUACAAAUGCGGGGUUAUACCCGAUCACGUCAACCCGAUGCUGCAGUUAGUCUCAACACCAAAGCGCUCUAUACAGACUCGGCAUCUAGUAGUAGAAAAGGUGGUAGCAAAAGUGCCUCUUGGGCUGGCACGGGCGGUGGUGGCGGCGUUGCGAUGACGGAUAAUCAGCGCCAACAAAUGCUGCAACUCGAGGAACGGGAUGCAGAUUUUGACAAACAAUUGGACGAGAUUGGCGAAGGCAUUCUAGAUUUGGCAGAAAUCGCCGCACUCCAAGGCGAAGAAGUCAAACGCCAAUCCGUCAUGCUGGAUGGCGUCAACAACAAAAUGGACAAGGUUGGCGAGCGUAUGACGUCGGUGAACUCCAAGAUGAAGGAGACUCUGGAUGAGGUGGGACGAUCAGCCGAUAAACUAUGUGUGGAUAUCAUGUGUGUUGUGCUCAUGGUUGGCUUUGCGGCAGUCAUUUACAACAUGGUCAGCAACGACAGCAAUUAAUCAAUGUAUCAAGAUCCAAGGAAUGUGUUGAUGUUGUCUGGUGCGGGGCACGUUAAGCUGACAUUCCUAAACUCUUUGUCGCCUUCUUUCCCUCAGUGUACACAUAAUUAUAUCACUAUGGUCAGUAACGAAAGCAAACAAUCAAUGU